AUGUCCAAGGAAUCUCGCGACCUCUCUGCUUCUGCAGAAAGGUCCGUCAAGAAAGAUAAUGUUCCUCAGAAUGUCUCUCUGUCCAGAGACAUGUGCCCUCUUGAAGCAGCCAGAUUUCUGGCAGAUCUGUCGGAGUGUCUGAAUGGAAUCCGGUUGCAUCCAGUGAAUUUCAACGACAGACUGCUAGCCCUUCAGCCACCCAACCAGUCCACUUCCUUCACUUCACCCUCCACAGACAAAGAACAGACUGCAAGUGCCAAUUGGAACAUAGUAGAAAUGGGUGCAAAUGCAAAUUCACCAGAUCAUAAAGAUCAUCACAAGUCCGCUCCUGAGGAGUGCAAGGCUCGCUCAGAUGCCGUCACCUUGCUACGCUCCAGGACUCUCACCCGUUUGUCUCCCACUGAAUCUUCUUGUCCUGUAAACUCUUCCACCCAGCCUCAAUCACAGGACCCUAAGCUCGAUGAUCAACAGUCCGCCACGUUCAUCAACAGCCCAGUGGUCAUGAUGGAGCCUGUGCUGGCCUCCAAGAAAGGUAAGAAAAAGAAAAAGAGCAAGAAGUUCAGAAAGCUUGAUCUCACCCAAAUUGAACACGAAUUGAGCCCUGAAGACGACACCAAGCCGUCUCCGGAGGCUAUCACCCCUCCAGGCGAGCAAAUCCCAACAAACCACCCCCAGAAUAAGAGAGAUGGCUUCUGUGGUACCUCGCCAUUUUUGGCAAAAUAUCAAAGCACUUUGGGGCUUGUACCAUCUUCGAAGUUGGAAGACACAAAGACUAAAGAUUGUUCUUCUGCAAAUGGAGCUGGGCCUCAGAGCAAUGACCCCAAUGUUGCUGAUCAGGGAAUAAAUAAGAAAACUCACGAGGAACCAGCAAACGAGCUCUCUCUUGCUGCUUCACACAAACAAGGGAAACGACGCGUUGCAAGGGUCGACCCUGUCACAGGUGACGAGAUCUCAGAGGCCAUACAGCAUCCACACCCUUGUUUGCCCACUAAUGAAGAAAAGUCUUUGCCUUCUUCACAUCCCGUUUUAGACCAAAGAGGAGUAGAGGGGAUCUCCCCGGGAUCAGGCAAAACCGAGAUAUGUUCUGACACUGAGCCAGCCAUGACUUCGCCUUCUACCCAGCCUUCCCGUACAGGACAGUCCACACGCCGAAGCACUAUUCCCAUGAGAGAAAAGCUGUCCCCCAUACAGGAGACAUCUGAUGCUAAAGCUGAGGGAGGCAUUUCGGCUGCUGAAGCACAGAGAGUUCUCGCGACAACUCCAAAGACUGAGAAAUCUGACGCUGACUCUAAUGAUACCAAACAUCGACACAGAAAAAAUUCCAACAAGUCCCCUGCUGCCACAGCAUCCCAAGGUAAAGUGAACCACACGCACCCUGCAUCACCUUCAGGAAGUGAGCAGUCAACCUUAGCGGCUCCAAGUUCCCGGGGCAGCGUAUCCACCCAAAAGCCAGAGGGAUUCUUUUGGCAACUUGAUAGUCACGGGCUCCCGUGUGCAAAAUCAGGCUGUGAAAAAAGGUGUAACUUCUGGGACGGCGAGACUGUGAUCUGUCCUCGCUGCGGACCGUACUCGGAAACCCGCUACUGUUGCAAAGAGCAUUUAUUCGAGGAUAUUAAGUGGCACUGGUUGUACUGUGGACAGGUGACAUUCGAACACCCUUGCCGGGAGUCUUCAAUCCCUCGAACUGUAAGAAGCGGACCCCCCCUGGUGCCAUGCCUGCACCCCUACGACACACCGGAACGUCACCGCCAGGCAGUCCAUUUCAGCGCAAACGCUCGUAGAGGAGACUAUUUCAUAUUUUCGGACUGGGCAGACUUUGUCGAAGCAGGGUUCCCAGAGAAUAACGCUAGUGUGCGCUGCUCUCAUAAGAUUGUGUACGUCGUUAGAUUUGAUGAUCCCGAUGAGAAGGAUCGUUUCCGUCGCGUGCUGGCGGCGUGUCUUUUUAUGACGAUUGAUGUGCAUGAACUGGUGGAUUAUCUGUUUCGACUGAUCCGGGACAAGCUGCGGUCCCAGGCAGCCCCUGCCGACAUGGAGACUGCACUCAAGCACCAAUUCCAAGCCGAAUAUUGUGUGACUAUACAGCCCGCAAUCACCGGGGAAAGACAUGCUUGCGACACGGACUGGAAUGGGAAGAACCGCCGCAACUGUCCAGAUGCUGCGUGUAGGGCGGAAUACCGCCGUUUGCUCGGGUCCCCUGGUGGCAGAGGCCAUGGCCAUUUGGUUGACCAUUUGGAAGGAACCUACUGGACAUUGCGGGCUGCACGUACCACUCAUCCCAGCAUCACCAGUGUGACUGCACGGAUGCAAGGAGAGGGUUUCGACCAGGUCGCAGACGAGGAUCAACGUGUGUUCCGUCGUGGGGAGGGAUGGGAUGGUGCAGGCACCGGGGAUAUGGAAAUCGAGGGGAUCAACGCUUAG